AUGUUAGAAGAUCGUAUCGAACGUGAGGACUCCGUUGAGACCUUUGCUUCUUUCAAUACAGAAGAUAGUUGCUCAACGGUGUCGCAGAAGAGUUCUAGUAACGAUCUUGAACCCUUCGAGCAUGCUAUUCGACAAGAAAAUACUCAACAAUUUCCCUUUGUGUCCGCGCACGCUCACACACUUCGGGCGUACAGCGUUCAGGCGGCGCACUCAGAUGCAAUCACGUCACGCACGUCUUCGUGCAUUACCCUAACGCUUCGAUUGGACUUGUCGCCCCCACCAACAUUCCUUCAAACAACCAGAGACGGCAGUUCGAAUCCUUCUUCAGGCCCAUUACCUUUUGCUUAUCACAACGGAGUUGUGAAACUUGUUUUUCCUUUUUUAGAGGAGGGGUCACUGACUCCAGAUCAACGAAUUGCUGUGAUAUUGGUUGUCAAUCGAGACCUUAUCUCAAAAUGCGCUUUACUUUUACACAAGCAGUGGAAGCCGGGUGAUCCAAACGAGGAUGCCAAUACAGCAGCCAAGGAAUCACUUUAUGGCGUGAAGCCAGUAGAUACGGCAUACCUCCCUAGGGAAGGUAUGCAUUUGGUGCUUUACUUUACGCAGGGAAAGAUGUUAAAUCACCCUAACAUCAACACAAGUUCUAACCCUACCGCUUGGCAUUACCUCUGCCGAUCGUUCGAUGUGGUAAGCUUUACGACAAACAGCGACGCGGCCUUUUGCGGUAUACCACUGAAACCUUAUCACCGCUACCAUCUGAGGUACAACUCUAAAAAAGGGAUUGAGUUAAAUUUAAACCGGUAUUCCUUUCUACAGCUGCGCUUGAAUUCGGAGGAUAAUUUAAACGAGAAUGAAAACUCCCCGAUUCAUAUCAAACCGAACAUUGCGUUAAAAAAGAUCAAAAAAGGUUCAAAGCGCCCCCGAAAAAGCCACCUUCCGGGAGGCUUCCCGCGCCCGUCGGUCUGUGCUACCGCCAAGACGAACAGCUCCGCAGCCAUAAGGGAUGGCGGUCGAGCUCAUCACCGUCCGGGUCGAAAGAGCGUGACCGCUCAACUGGAUAGACCUUUCCAUUCCACCGAGUAUUCCUCCAGCGACUCCUUCCCCUCGUUUCCAUUAGACUCCAGCGAGAACAACGAGACUGAGAGUCUCACCAUGGUGCCAGUGGCGGCUCCACUUUCCAGACGAAAGAGUGUUCUUUUCACCACUGGCAUGCGCCUCAGCCGGGUGCAGGAGCGGUUGUGCACGAAACUGGGGUUUAUCGUCAAUCCAUCACUGUCAAAGGCGUGCGAAGCCUCUAUCUUAGUCGUGCACGGUCCGCUCAUGCGCAGUAUCAAACUCCUUACCGUUCUUCCAUACAUUAAGGCACUGGUGGAUCGAAAAUGGCUCGAUGAUAUGCUUUCCCAGGGUAAUCCAUUCUUGCCGAUCGAGCCCUAUGUGUACGCGGAAAACAAGCGUGUGGGAGGCAUUGAGCACACAAACGAAUUUUCCAUGGAAAGCACACUUAAUAUUCCGUUGGAGCAGCGUCAACGGCUGUUUGCAUCUCAUACCUUUUGGAUUCAUCCCUCAGUGGCACCGCAGGAUCCCCCCAUGAAUGAUUUGCACACAGUUUUAACGGCUUCAGGUGGAAGGAUUUCUGAAAGCAUAACAGACGCCAGCACUUGGGUAUUACCAUCACUCACACCAUCAGUGGUUUCCAUGAAGAUUAUCACAAAGGCUUUGAAAGAUGAAGAAAUUUCAAAUAGGAGACGUCAUGUUCGAAACCGAGCGGCUUUUGAAAAUGAUAUACCCCUUUCGCGUUUAUUAAGCUCUGUAUUGUAUAUGGUUGUACCGGACGAUAUCUUUCGUAGCGUUUUGCAGCAACUUGAUUUGUGUAAAUUUACGCUGCGGAUUGGUAAUGUGAUAUCUAUGCUAAGCACUACAAAUACGAAAAAAAGAAUUCGAUCCCCCAAGCAAAAAUCUUCUACUAAAGUAGUUAAAGUAUCCCAGGUGUGA